AUGGCGCUCGUUGGGAUCGGUGAUUGGCGAGCCAUGGAGCAGGAUGAUGCUGGGGACGAGGAGGAGGAUGAAGAUGAUGGGGUUCAUACACAGGAUGCAUGGGAAGAUGUUGAUCCAGAUGAAUACUCUUAUGAGGCAAAAAGCAAAGGCCUUGCUGCUGAUACUAUUGCUUCAUUACCUUCGGUAACUUACCAGGCACAAGACAAGCAAGAUGGCAACAUGGAACAAUGUGUUAUUUGUCGUGUGGAGUUUGACGAAGGCGAGUCAUUAGUUGCACUUCCUUGCAAACAUCCCUACCAUUCUGAGUGCAUAAACCAGUGGCUGCAGUUAAACAAGGUAUGCCCGAUGUGCAGUGCUGAAGUUUCCACCUCUGUGAACAAUGUGAACAAGCAGGCAUGA